AUGGCGUCUUUGCCAGGUGAGUGGGAAACAACUGACUCGGAUCGCAAUGAAAUAACCACCGGUAUUAUUCAUCAAUGUGUACGAGAAGAGAUUGACUUCCAACGGUGUGGAAGACAAGGAACUUCCAACAUCCUGCAUCGAACGAGAGAUCUCAUUGCAAAUGCCACAACAUCUGUAUCUUGUGAGUUCGAAAGCAGACGUAGUUCUUUGCUAUCGUCAUCUGCUUUUAACUUCAAGUAG